GGAAUUGGGCACAGCACACGCAAUUUAUUAGUGCAGUUGUUAAUUUUGUCGCCAGUUGACGAUUGAGGGCAGGCGCCAGGGAUGUUGACAGCAGGAAGGCUGCUGCAAGGAACCUCGGGCAUGUCCUACAUUGUCAAAAGGUCAUGACGAGGCCACCCUCGUCCACAGGCGAUAGCCUGCUGACGGAAUUGUGGAAGAGGGGAGUAUGGAGAGUGCUGCCAAUAUUAUUCUUCUAUGUAACAAGCCUGACAGUGCUGGCGCCAGUGAAGCCUAGCAUCAUGACGGACUUCUUUGCAUCUCGCGCAGCCAACCAGACCAUGCGCUGCGAUGACUUCCUGCUCACCGCCGUGCCUAAGGCAUGCCAGGAUGCCCAUGCGCAAGUGGUGACCUGGUCAUCCUGGAGCGACUUUGUGGCCAACUCUGUGCUCGCAUUCUUCAUGGCUCCUGUGGUGGGCCGCUGGAGCGAUGCAUAUGGCAGGAAGCCAUUUCUGGUGCUGUCAUUCGCAUGUGGAGGGGCACAGGUCGUGGCCCUGCUGCUGUACAUCACUUGGGGCACCUCCCUCUUCUGGUACUUCCCAGCUUCGGCGCUGGUGGGCGCGUUCUCAUGCAUCUCCAUCUGCCUGGCCUACGUGGCGGACGUGAUGCCGGCGCGGCACCGGGGGGCCACUUUUGGCUUCAUAAUGGCCUCGUUCUCCUUUGGCGUUGUCAUCGGGCCUAUGGCCGGCGCUGUGCUGUCCCCGCUGGCCGCCUCCUGGUUUGCUGUCGGCGGCGCCGCUUUCAACUGCGUCUACACCGUGCUGCUACUGCCGGAGUCCCUGUCUGCUGAGGCCAGGAAGCUGGCGCGGAGGCGGCAGGGGAGGGAGGCUUCGCGGCCGUUGACGGGGCUGUGCUCGGGGCUGCGCAUGCUGGGGCGUUCCCCGCUCUUCCUCAAGCUCACGGCAUGCGUCAUGCUGACUGGUAUUGUCAUGGAGGGCAUGUACGAGCUGCUGGGCCAGUACUUCCAGCUCAAGCUCGCCUACACCGCUGCUGACCAGUCGCUGAUGCUGGUUGUGGCGGGCGCUGCGGGUCUUGUAGUGAACACAGUCGUGCUGCGUUAUCUGCUGCACUGCGUCGGAGAGACUGGCGUCCUCUACAUAGGGCUGGUGGUGAGCUGUCUGCAGCAGCUGUGCAUUGCCUUUGCAUGGACCAAGCCGCUGUCCAUAGCAGCUGUGGCCAUAGGCGCCCUGGGCAACAUCACCUUCCCUGCCAUCUCCUCCAUCAAGUCCAAGUCUGUGCCGCGCCAUGAGCAGGGCGCGAUGCAAGGGGCGCUCUUUGGUGCGCGGUCCCUGGCCACAGGGAUGGGACCAGUCAUCUUUGCCAGCAUCUUCUCUGUCUUCAGUCGCUCUGACUCUCGCCUGCCCUUCUUCCCAGGGGCGCCGUUCAUUGCUGGCGCAGCCUUGUGCGGGGUGGGCCUGAUUGUGGCUCUGACCAUCCGCACAAGCGAUGUGAGGAACUGUGCAGUGGACGAUGGCCUCACAGCACCCCUCCUAGACGGGGAAGACCAGAAAGGGCCGCUGCAUGCGGAUUUAGAGGCCGGCGGAGAUGAGCAUCAGCGUGGCAGCAAGGGGGACAUCCCCUCAGUGUACCUGGAGCCGGAUGCAGCGCAGCUGCCAGUGUCCCACCCAGCAGACGCCGCCUUGGCGGCCGACACACCAGUCAUCAUCGCAAUAGCUGCCGACACCGAACAGGCCAGAUCACAUGCAUAUGGAGCAGCACAGCCCGAGCAGGCCGCAAGCGCGACUGAGGAAGCCUUGGCAAGCAGCCUUGAGGCUUCCCAGAGCCAGCAGGGCACGCCAAGGCCAAGUACGUCGCAGCCGGACACAGCAGUAAGAACAAGCACGGCAGCAGGGACAAGCACAGAAGGCAGCGCAGCACAGGGGCGUUCCCUGGCUCGCAAGAAGAGCGUCCGCUUCGCCGACACCGACACGGUCUCGGUGCGUGCGGCGCUAGCGGCCGCCACGGCCGCCUGUUCUGGCACCGUCCGGCCCCUGCCCGGCCGGGCGGCCGGGCAGCCAGGCCCGGGCACCGGCGCGCCGCUGCCGCCGCCACAGCCGCACCCACAGCCGGCCUUUUGUUGGAGGGUGCUGGACGAGAGCGUGCCAGGGGACAUCCUGGAUGUGAGGCUCGAUGAUGGCGGCUACUUUGGAAAUGGGUUGGAGCCGGAAGAGGCGUUGCUGCCGCGGCGCUCUGUGGAUCUCAGGAUGGCUGAUGCGGCGACGCUGCCGAUGGCUGCCUUUGGAGGGAACGGCAUGGAGACCAGCUCUGCAGUCCUCCGCAGCCUGCAGGCCUCCCAUGAGCGUCGAUGA